AUGAAUUUACAGUUUACAGAUUCUUCAUUUCGGUCAUUUAUUGAGAAUGAUGUAGUGACUCGUUUUAAGGAGUAUGUUACAUGGGAUACCCAGAGUAGUUCAAAAUCAACACAAACACCUUCAACACCCGGACAAAUUUUAUUUUUAAAACACCUUCAAUCCGAAUUGGAUUGUUUAAAAAUACGAAAUUUUUUAGAUGAAAAGACGGGUCAUUUGUACGCUUAUUUAUCUUCCAACCCUUCACAGUUUUCUUUUUAUGGUCAUGUUGAUACGUCCGAAGAAGUUUCAGGUCACAACGUUGUCCCUCUUGAAUAUGUUGUAACAGGACAUGACAUCCACCUUCCAUUUGACAAUACCGUAAUACCAUCCUCUCAACUCCAGAAAUACAAAGACCAAAAAAUAAUCACAUCAAGCGGAAACACUUUAUUGGGUGCUGAUGACAAAUGCGCAGUUGCCGAGCUAAUGACGUUUUGCACAAUAGUAAAAGACGAAGACUUGCCAAUUACCGUUGUUUUCACUCCUGAUGAGGAGAUCAUGAAAAGCAUAUCAAACAUUUCAGUGGAAAGAGUUGAAGCAAAGCGCGGAAUAUCAUUGGACGGAAAUGAGCUUGGAAGUUAUUCAUCAGAAAAUUUUAACGCAAUAAGCGCCAGAAUUACAAUCGAGUGCCGGAAUGCGUCGUGCGCCUUAUUUGAUUUUUUUGGAGCAAUGCCACACAAACACCCGUCCAACACAAAAGAUAGAAGCGGUUUUGUCUUGUGCACUGGGUUUUCAGGGAAAGGAAAUGAAGCGAGUGCAAAGUUUAUCAUCCGAUCAUUUGAAGAAGACGAACUGAAUAACUUUGUGGUACAAAUGGAAAACCUUUGCGACACAAUCAAAACGAAAUAUACAGGGAAAAUUGUGUUUGAAAAGGUGAGAACUUAUUCUAAUGUCCGUAACUUCUUGAAAAACGACGAAAUUGAGAAGAUGUUGUGUGGGGCUAUGGAAGAAGUUGGUGUUAAACCAAUUAAAAUUCCAUUCAGAGGAGGGUUUGAUGCUUGUGUGUUGGCUGAAAAGGGUAUUGAUGCGAUCAACAUGUUUUCUGGUGGAAUCAAUUUCCAUUCAAAAAGAGAGUUCGCUGUAGUUGAGUCGAUGGUAAAAGCUGUGGAGAUUGUAGUUAAUAUAGCCAGAAAAUUUAGCACCAAGCAAGUGAAUUGA